AUGGGCAACGCAUUCAGCUGCUGUGACACCUGUUUCCAUUCGCGCAAGUCGCAAGCAUACGAGCCACUUCUCUUGGAGAAUGAGCGAGAGGCUGUAGCAGACCUCCUUCAAUAUCUCGAGAACCGUACUACCACCAACUUUUUUACUGGCUCGCCUCUCAAUGCAUUGACAACUCUUUCGUUUUCUGACAAUGUCGAUCUGCAAAGGAGUGCCGCUCUUGCAUUUGCAGAGAUCACUGAGAAGGAAGUGAGGCCCGUUGGUCGAGACACUCUAGAUCCCAUUCUUUUCCUGUUGAGCAGUCAUGAUACAGAGGUGCAGCGGGCUGCCAGCGCUGCGCUCGGAAACCUUGCAGUCAACACUGAUAACAAGCUUCUCAUCGUCAAACUCGGUGGCUUGGAACCUUUGAUUCGCCAAAUGUUGAGCCCCAACGUAGAAGUGCAAUGCAAUGCCGUUGGGUGUGUAACAAAUUUGGCUACCCAUGAUGACAACAAGACCAAGAUUGCGAAAUCUGGUGCUCUUGUUCCUUUGACGCGCUUGGCCCGUUCGAAAGAUAUGCGCGUUCAAAGAAACGCCACUGGUGCCCUGCUAAAUAUGACCCAUUCCGACGAGAACCGGCAGCAGCUUGUCAAUGCAGGCGCUAUCCCUGUGCUUGUCAGUCUCUUGAACUCGCCCGAUACUGACGUCCAAUACUAUUGCACAACUGCGUUGAGUAACAUUGCCGUAGACGGUGCCAACCGCAAGAAGCUGGCUCAGAGUGAACCCAAGCUUGUCGCUAGUUUGGUCAUGCUCAUGGACAGCUCCAGCCUGAAGGUUCAAUGCCAAGCAGCUCUGGCACUUAGGAACUUGGCAAGUGAUGAGAAGUACCAAUUGGAGAUUGUCAAAUCAGACGGGUUGGCAUCACUACUUCGGCUCCUACAGUCUACAUAUCUUCCUUUGAUCCUGUCUUCGGCAGCAUGUGUGCGAAAUGUGUCCAUUCAUCCGCAAAACGAAUCGCCAAUAAUCGAAUCCGGCUUUUUGCAACCUUUGAUCAACCUCCUUUCGUUCAAGGACAACGAAGAGGUGCAAUGCCAUGCUAUCUCAACGCUGCGAAACCUGGCUGCUAGUUCGGAGAAGAACAAGACAGCGAUCGUGAAAGCAGGCGCUGUGGAAUCAAUUAAAGAGCUUGUUUUGGAGGUCCCAGUAAAUGUGCAGAGUGAGAUGACAGCGUGCGUAGCAGUGCUGGCGUUGAGUGAUGAACUCAAGGGGCGGUUACUUGAAAUGGGCAUCUGCGAGGUUCUAAUUCCUCUUACCAAUUCGCCCAGCUCAGAAGUCCAAGGAAACAGCGCUGCAGCCCUAGGCAAUCUCUCAUCUAAGGAUGGCCGGUCGUCAACGGAUGACUACUCCGCUUUCAAUGACGUUUGGGACAAACCUGAUGGCGGUAUGCACAAGUAUUUGUACAGAUUCUUGACAAGCCCCGACGCAACCUUCCAACACAUCGCCGUCUGGACGAUUGUGCAGCUCCUCGAAUCCAACGACCCACAGCUAAUCAGCAGUAUCCGAAGUUCUCCUUUGCUUUUACCUAACAUCCGAAAUCUUGCGAACUCGGGAGCGUCGUCACCUUCGGAGUCUGUUGACUCUCGCCACUCGCAUAACCAAAUGUACGAUGAUGAGACGGAUACCGGUGAUGGCCAAGGCGAAAUCCAACUGCUCUCGAGAAGAAUCCUUGAAUUUGUCGAGGGAGACGAAGGGAUGUUGUCGUCGAGUGUGCCCGGAUCGCACAUGCAACCCGGAUCAUCUGUGGGCAGCUCCCGCGAGCAUGAAGAGCUUCGUCGAAGCGUUCGGGAGGCGUUUGCACCUGGCUCGCAUCGCUAGUCAUUCCCGGCAGAUCUUUUUGAUUGGUGGAUGGAUGCGUGCAUCUUGGGACUCCGGGCUGUUGUUUCUUGCGCAGGUCGGCAAAUGGACAGUUUGUUUCCGCUACUAUAAUUUUUAUGUCUACACCGCUGGUGGCUGACUCGUCGACGUUCGAUUGUACACUUCUACAUACCAUACCUAUUAUGAAGAACGCUCGUUUUGGUUGAUUUUAUGCUACGAGGUGUGUAUGUAUUAGAAUCAUGAAUAUUACUUAUGUUAUUCGAG